UGGCGUAUGGCAGACUCUACUUCCCCAAGAAAGGCACACACGCGAAAAAAAAAUCAAAGGGCGGUGCAAAAGCUGAUCCCAUCACACAGACGGACCUGCAAAGAUCAUCCGUCAGAAGCGAUUGCAACGUGGUAUCCGUCAUCAAAGGCGCAGGCGAUUCUUGCCGUUGCGGGAGAGAAAUCAAGGGGACAUGGCCGGGAUCUUGGCUUGGUUUUGGAACGAGAGGUUUUGGCUGCCACAUAAUGUAACCUGGGCUGACUUAAAAAACACAGACGAAGCAACCUUCCCGCAAGCCGAAGAUCUCUAUCUGGCUUUCCCCUUGGCACUGGGUAUCUUCAUGAUACGCCUGGUUUUCGAGAGACGUUUCCUGGGCUACAGGCUCACUGUGACUGUGAAACAAUCCCGGAGAAGAUGUCUGAAAUGGACACACGGACCGAAUGGAAGUAUUGGCCCAUGUCAGGUUCAUUGCAAGGCCAUGUGCCCUGGGUUUGAAGAUCCAAGCAAACGGACCCCAGAAAGCACAGCCAAAUGCUAUUUUGGAGAAAGUCUUUACUUCUAUUACCAAGCACCCAGACGAGAAGAGGUUAGAAGGCCUCUCCAAGCAGCUAGACUGGGAUGUGAGGACCAUCCAACGUUGGUUCCGGCAUCGGCGGAACCAGGAGAAGCCCAGUACGCUGACCCGCUUCUGCGAGAGCAUGUGGAGAUUCACAUUUUACCUCUACAUAUUCACCUACGGAGUGCGCUUCCUGAAGAAGACCUCCUGGCAAUGGAACACCAGAGAAUGUUGGUACAACUACCCUUACCAGCCACUGACCAUGGACAUCCAUUACUACUACAUAGUGGAGCUGUCCUUCUACCUCUCCUUAUUGUUCUCCCAGUUCACGGACAUCAGGAGGAAGUUUUUUCAUGCACAAAGCCACGCACUGAGGAGAGCUCCUUCAUCCCCUGCUCGAGUCCCGACUUCCUGAUCAUGUUUCUGCACCACCUGGUGACCAUCUCCCUCAUCACCUUCUCCUAUGUGAACAACAUGGCUCGGGUGGGGGCUCUGGUCAUGUGCCUUCAUGAUGCAGCCGACGUCUUGAUGGAGGCCGCUAAAAUGGCCAACUAUGCGAAGUGCCAGAGACUGUGCAACGUGAUUUUCGUCAUGUUUGCGCUGGUCUUUACCAGUUCCAGGCUGGGUGUUUAUCCUAUUUGGAUUUUAAACAGCACACUGUUUGAAAGCUGGGAGAUCGUGGGCCCGUUCCCAUCCUGGUGGGUCUUCAAUGUGCUGCUGUUCCUGCUGCUGGUGCUGCACUCAUUCUGGUCCUACCUCAUCGUGAGGAUCGCCUGCAGGGCCGUCUCCAGGGGAAAGGCGGGAAAAUGGAACCCUUUGCAUGUGUCCAAAGAUGACCGAAGUGACAUAGAGUCCAGCUCCGAUGAGGAGGAAGGCCCCCCCCCGACACAAAAACUCCAUAACAGUGCCACCAACGGCACCAGCGGGGCCAACGGGACCAACGGUUAUCUGUCGGGGCCCUCGUGUCGGGACGAACACUGACCAGGCCGGAUCUGGACUUUUCGGCCUCUGACACGAUUUAUAGAUACAUGUAUGUAAGACCUGAAUCUGAUUGGCUGUCUGAUACUGGAAGUCCUUGAUAGGAUUUAUGGUUUUUCCCCACACUGAUUCCAUUGGUUUACUUCUUUUCAUAUAGAUCUGCAGCAAAAGGCAGUCAAUGACAAUUCCGUAUUGACAAUGGUAAAACAUUCUUUUCAUAAAUGGGAAAAAAAAAUUGAAUGAAUGAAAGAACGUAAAUGGAAAUUUCACCUUCUGUUGUUUAGCAUGCCAUGUAUUUGUAGUUUUAUCUUAAAGGGAGUACUUUUUUUUCCCCACGUUCAAGUCUUUGUACUUUUUUUUUUUUUUUUUGUGUGUGUACCUGUUGUGGACAAAGGGAUUUUUGCUACCUUUUAAUGAAUUAGGUAAUCAGUGUUUAAUUUGCCAAGUUGUGAUUCAGCUGCUGUCGUCGCUGGCUUCAGACGUCUUUCAGAGCUGUUCAUCCACGUUUUAAUCGCCCUGCCAUCAUGUCUGUUCUGUCCGCGGGCAGUAAUGUCAGCUCUCUGACAUGCCUCCGACAUACGUCUCCAUGCCAGCGAGAUGAUGUGUGCCUGUAUUGUGCGUGUCGGCGACUUAACAGCGUACAAAUGUUUGGCCAUGGUGUAAUUGGGGGUAUAUGCAAAUUUCACUUGUAGUUGGUUCAUGUUUUAUUCAAUGAACUGGACUAACCAAACAUUUCCAGCUGGAACUGACAUGAAAUGCCAUCUUAAGAAAUAAAAUUGUCUCAUUGACUUUAGUUGACAUCGUUAAACAUUUAGGCUGGCUUUUUUUCCACAUGAUAAGAGUAGUAUUAACUGCUAAAUGAUAAUUCAUAAUUAAAUUGUUUUUGAAAGUUACCGAAAACUGCCAGUGUUUGAGAUGCAGCAGUAAUGCAUGCAUAGGUUACAGGCGAUCAUGAUUAAGGCUGUUUUUGGUGGUGUUGCCGUGUGGGAUGUAGGCAAUUCAGAUUGUCGUCGACACACAUACGGGAAACGUAGAAACCUCCGUGAAUAAAGGUACGGUGCUCGGCAGUUAAGUUUCUGCGAUGGAGCACUGGGACAAAUAUCUGAAUGAUAUGAUGAAAAUUUCAGUGUAGAGACGUUGUAUUUGGGUCACGGCGACUUUAGGUUUAAGUUGUGGGGAUUAUAGGCCUAUGAGCAAAAUCUACAACUAAAAUAUCCACACAGCCCUCAAAGGCAUUAUAUAUCUUUUAAGAAUAAAAGGUAACUUCAAAUUUCCAGCUGCUCCUCAUCUUUACGUAAAUUUUUUUAUUAAUUAUUAUUUGUGCAGCCAUAAUAUGAUGUCAACAUUGAAAGCAGAUCAUUUUCAAUGGUGCACAUACAGGUGCCUUAACGUUCCCCCCCCCCCCCCCCCCCCAUGGAGUCUGUGAUUUAUCCUGUUACUUACAGAAAUGCAAUGUCCAGCAAAAGGUUUGAGUGAAGUAACUACAAUGCCUUCACUUUUAAAUACGCCCGCGGUUUACAUGUACGAGCGGCGCAUUCCGCACGAGUCAGUAUUGUGGGUUGCUUGGUUUCCUUAGCUUGACACGCAAAUUUAAGUUUUGAGGAGGUACAAAUAAAAAAUGUGGCUUUGUAUUGAAGAAAGGUCUUGAACAAAAUGCUGUGAUACGUCCGUUCCUUUGGGCGGCAAUGUCUUUGCAUUCCGACGCCAAAUGGUACCCCUGGAAAGCUCUGCUUUUCCUUGCAAUGUGUUAUUUCUCAGUUCCAUGUAUCUGUGGCAAGAUGAAUAUUUGUUUUUUUUUUUUUUCAUGCAUCCAGUUCAUAAGGCUGCAAUUGACCAAACGGAGCCUACUCUGUACCUCUUAAGGGUACAACUGCAAUGCUCUGCCUUGGACCAGCAACGUCUGAUGCGAAACCCUUCGCUCUCGCCGCCGCACCACGCCGUUUUCAGCUCCUGCAAAGAGUGGUACACUUACACAUGGGGAAUAUUGUUUUUUUUUUAUGUGUGAGCAAUUGUAGGAAAAUGGAUUUCAAGUGUAAAGUGAUAUACUGGGAAAGCAGAAUGUGGUUGCUUUAGGAUUUAUUUAUUGGUAACUUGUAAUAAAUGCAGAACUUCA